UUUGGUGAUAUAUUGCGUCCUUUUCCCUAGUUUUCUAUCCCUAUUCUCCUUUGUCUAUCUAAUGUCAUGGUCUUUCCUGGGCUGCACUUCCGAUAUCCCCAUCAGGGAGAACAAGAGCACGAGCUAUCAGGGAGCCAGACCCCUGCCACAGGCUAUGAUAUGAACUGGUAUGAGCAAAUUGACACACUUCUAAAUGCAACUGAUGGAAGUAUGGCCCGGAUUAAGCAGAGGCUGUAUUCCUUUGGAGUCUCCACUACAGCAGACAACCUGGCGGGAACCUGUAUUUCCUCUCACCACUUGCCUUUCAAGGCAGGAGCCCAAGUACAACAGCCUUGGGCUUUAAAGACUUCCACCACCCCAGAGAGACAGAGAUGGACUGAAGCCUAUAGUUCCUCUUCUCUCUGGGAUGAAAUUACUGUUCUCAAGUCGCAGAUUCAGUCUCAGGCUCAGGUGACUGAGACACUACAGCACACUGUGCAGGGCCUCCUGGAAGAACGAGAGCUGCUGAUGUGCAAGAUCAGUGCCCUGGAAGCAUCACUAAAAUUGCUGCAGGAGGCCCCAGAAGGGCAAGCCCUUUUUCUGGAACAAGGCCUGGAGCUGAAAAGGGAACUUCAGGGCCUUAGGAGCCAGGUGCUGGAGUUAGCCCAUGCUCAAAUGAAAACAAGACCAAGAACAGGAAAGCACAGUACUACUAAUAGCUUUCAAGAGGAGCUGCAGACUGAGCCACAACUUUUGUGGGAACAGUCAGAGAUUUUGUGGGAGGAACUGAAGUUGCUACGGGACCAGUUGUGCCAGCACCAGGAGCUGCUGCGGGAACAUAUGGCUGCAGGGCACCAGGUUGAGACCAGCAGAUGGAAGAUCUCCAAAACAGCACCUUUUCUAACCUGCGGCUCAGCAGCUUUCAGGUACAUGCCUAGAAUUUUGAGUAAGAGGACUUACUCCUUCAGGACUCCCAAGAUGCUCCUGAGCGACUGUAAGGACUUGUAAGAAUAGUGGGAUGAAGCUUUCUUUCCCUCCUCUUCACUCCCCUCAGAGACUUGUCUGGGCAGCCUUCUCAUCCCCUCUGGAUAUUCCCUUUUCCCUGAGACUUCUCAUUGCCCACCUAUUCCUGCCUACCUCCUUUACUGCAGUAAAGUGGCUUAUCUCUCCA